AUGAAGCUUUACAGUGUAUUGGCGGCUGCUUUUGCUGUCCAGAGUGCUGUGGCGCUCGGCUUUAAGGCCCAAUUUGUCAAUGUUCCCGAAGAAGCCCUAGAACUAGAGAAUGUCAGGGCUGGCAAGACUUUACCCAUUGAAAGAAACUACCAAUCACGUAUAGACGCUCAGAUUGUGGGAUUGGGUUCGAAACAAGGUGAAGUUCAUAAGUACCUUGUGAAGAAACUGUACGAGUUUGAUGUGGAAGGUUUGACUACUGGAGAGUACGAAUUGUUGGUGCAUUCACAUGAUUUCCAUAUUCGCCGUAGCAGGUACCGUGUGACGGUUAACGAGAGUGAAAUUUCCGUUGUUGAUGACUUCUUGGGUGAUGAGGCGUUAAAUAGAACAUUGGCUGUUUCUGUUAGUGAGAAGAGUCCACUCUUGAUCGAGGCUCUGACGGUGAAGAUAUUCCAGGAAUCGCCUAGAAAUAAGCUUAAAGAGAUGUUGAUGCAGAGUCCUUUUGGCUUCAUCUUUAAGAACAGAGCGUACACUUUGAUCUUCCUUGUGUGUAUGGGUCUUAUGAUCACCCCGCUGCUUAUCCAAUGGUUCUUCCCAGACCUUGCGGAUAAGUUUGAUGAGAUGCAGAAAGAAGCCAACGAGAAGAGGUCUCAACGGGUCCAGGCAGAGAAGCAGCAGGCUGCACCACAGAACGAGAAGCCCAAGAAGACAAAGAAGAGAAGCUGA